CACAGCCCAAAACACAGAGCGAUGGACGACGUCUUCACGGUGAACGAGGAAGCUGUGCCGCCGCCGUCCGAGGACUUUGGCGCGCCUCCGGCUGAGGGCGGGAUGGACCUUGGCGCGCCACCGGCGGACGAUUUCGCCGCGCCGCCGGCCGAGGGCGGCAUGGACUUUGGCGCGCCGCCGCCGGACGAUUUCGCCGCGCCGCCGGCCGAGGGCGGCAUGGACUUUGGCGCGCCGCCGCCGGAGGAUCUCGGCGCACCGCCCGCUGAGGGCGGCAUGGACAUGUUUGGCGCGCCGCCCCUCGAGGCGCCGCCGGUGGACGGCUUCGGCAUGGAGGGGCUCGGCGCCCCAGCCGACGGGGGCAUGAUGAUGGACGGAGGCAUGGGCGGAGGCAUGGGCGGAGGCAUGGACGGAGGGAUGUUGGGCGGUGGCAUGGCCUCCGAGCCCCCGCCAGACUUUUCGAUGCCGACGAUCGGGCCGCUGGCCGAGUACCGCAUGGCGCAGGAGAACAAGCUCGCGGAGCGUGCGGCCGCCGCGUCGGCUGCGCUGGCCGAGAAGGAGGCCGAGGCGCGGGGCGCGAUCGAGCAGUUCUACGCCGAGCGCACGGCCAAGAGCGAGGCCAAGGCAAAGACGAACCAGGAGGAGGCGGCGAUGUUCGUCGCCGACCGCGACGCCACGAUGCUGUCCGAGAGCUGGGAGUCGGUGAGGCCGAGAUUGGCCGAGAUUGUGGCCGAGAUUG